AUGGCGUCCAUCAACCGAUCACUACUCAUCGCUUUAAUCUCAAUCCACCUCACAGCCACCGCCAUCGCCACCGAAAUCCACGAUCUCCUCCCGGAAUACGGCCUGCCAAAGGGCAUCCUACCUAACGCCGUCGAUUCCUACAAUAUCUCCCCCACCGACGGCGCCUUCACCGUUCAGCUUAAACGUCCCUGCUACGUUAAAUUCGAAGAUCAAACUGUCUACUACAGCAAGAACAUCGAAGGCAAGUUGAGCUACGGAUCGGUCUCCGAUGUUUCCGGUAUUCAAGCCAAAGAAUUGUUCUUGAUGUGCCCGAUUGUAAGAGCAAAGCUUACGCAGAUGAUGACGAAUCCUACUCUCAAUCGAUUUAAAUCCAAAGGGAUUUUGAGCAAGAUUUCGAGUCAAACAAAUCUGUUACCAAGUGUUUUAUGAUGUAAGUUCUAAAUAGUAAAUAUUUUCCUUUUGAAUGUCUAGUUUCUAUGUAAAUUCUCAAUUGGAUUAAUAAAAAUCUUCUAUUCCUUUUCAUGUUUCUAGUUC